AUGGAGAGGGAGAUCGACAAAGAUCCGAUCCCAGCGCCCCCCGCCCCCGCCCCGUCACGCUGCCGCCGCCCCCGCCCUGCCCCCGCCGAUGCCACGUCGCCAGCCGCCCUAGCGGCCGUCGCCGCGCCGCACAUCGUGGUGCCCCCAGGGAUCGGGCUGAGUUGCGUCGGGCGGAGGAGCGCCCUUUGCAUCCUCUCCGCCGGCCCCGGCCCCGCGGCGGACACGACGCAGUCCCCACUGCCAGCGCUGUCGGCCUCCCCAGUCCCCGAGGUCGAGGAACACCAGCAUCUGCUUCUUGCCGACUGCGGGCGCGGGGAGGCGACGAGGCAGCUCCGCGACGUCUUGAGCCGCUUCGCCGGCGCCUUGGGCAGGUGGUCCUCCAGGCCGGCCACCGCCGCCAGCGACGCGGAUACCAUGGAGAGACGUCAUCUGCAGCAGGCUACCAGCGGCGGGGCGAGCUCGAGGAACUUGGCGCCGCCGGCCCGCUCCAUCUCCCGCGGCCGCAAGCCUCCUCGGCCGACUACCUCUACCCCGUCCAAGAAACAGCGCCAGUCCUUCAUCGCUCCGCUUCCCCGACUGACGGCUCCUCCUAAUGGCGGCCUGCAUCAACCAAGUACCGGCGGCGGACAGCAUCCACUUCCUGGCGACACUCCCGGUGGCUUCCUGCCUUGGCAAGGGAUCAACAAUCAAAGCACCAUGAAGGCCCCAAUGCCAAGCAUCUCCGAGCCGGCCGGCUACGAGGAUACUCAAAGCACCUCCUCAACACUAGCACUCGACUACGAGGCCACCGUGGACGGCUUCAGUGCACCCAACCUCUUUGACUGGACCCCCACCCAGGAUUCAAUUCCCUCAGGAGGUUUCAUCAAUUUUGUGACACAAGAAACUGAGCCGGAGGUGGAUGUGCUGAUGCAACUUCAAGGCAGUGGAAGUAAGAGAGGUGUCAAUUACCACCACGAUGAGGAUAUCCAGCUCUGCAGAUCUUGGAGCAACAUCACAACUGAUCCCAUCAUUGCAAAUGACCAACCAAGCAAGUCGUAUUGGGCAAGGAUCGCCGAGCACUUCCACGACUACAAAUGUUUUGAGUCUGAUAGGACUGCUGCUUCGCUCGAGAAAAGAAUGGGAGGCAUACUGAAGGACUGCAUGAGAUUUCAAGGAUUCUACGACGAGAUCGAGCGUCGACAUCCAAGUGGUAUUCCUUACACUGAGCAUAUAAAAGAAGCUCAAGCUCGAUAUGCUCAAUGUGACCCCAAAAACAAGUCAUUCACCUUCAUCCACUGCUGGUUGGAGGUUAGGCACACCGAGAAGUUUCUAUCUCUGCAAGAGAACAUGAAGCAAUCAAAGAGGCCAAGCACAUCAGACAAGAGUGCUACACUAGCUGAAGAUGAAGGAAAUGAAGGAGCUCAAGACUCGACACCAGCUAACUCUUCCAUGCCUCCUGCCAAGCAAGAUCGACCUCCAGGUCGAAAACAGUCGAAGGAGAAGUUGAAGAGGAAUGGACGGGGAGUUGAUGAGUGCAUAGAGGUCUGGAGCAGCUUUGUUCAGAUGAAGGUGGAAGAAGCAAAACAAAAAGAUGAUAAGUGGAAAGAAUUUACCAGGAUUGAGCAGAAGAAGCUUGAAGCAUCUACCGGGAUUGAGGAGAAGAAGCUAGAGAUAGAGGAGCGGCGGUUGAUGUGGGAGCAAGAGCAAAAGAUUAUGUUCUAUGAUCUCAGCUCGAUGGACGAGAGUCAGAGGGUCUAUGUUCGAGCGAUGAGGGCACGGAUUGCAGCGGCAAAGGUUGCCUCACUCAAUUCGGGGGCAAGCGAGCAUGCCAGCGGCGCGGCUGGGGAUGAUGUAAGCUCCGCGUGAGAUGGGUUGGCUGUCAUUUUGCUGCGGAGGAAGAGGAAGUAGGGAAUAGGGAAAAUCUGAAAUAUCUUAAUUGCUUGAAAGUGAAUGAUUCUUAGAUCUUAGGUAUCCAUUUUGUACUUGAGAUAUGUGAUUCUGUUAUGACUGAGAAUGACAAUUGUGAUUUUGCCUGCAUGUGGUGUUCAUAUGCCUGGUUCAAAAUAUUGCUGAGAGGAGAUACUGUUAUGUAUGCUUGCUGGUGUCAAAUUUCAAGUCAUUUUUGACAAAUUCCAAUUCAUGUUUGGUGUAUGCAAUGGAACCUGCAGCUGGUUCAGUUA